UGCUUCGCCGCAACUUCUCGCUUUGCUAAAGUACAUUUUCAGGCUGACAAAGUCCGUUCAAGUGGAUCAUGUGACAAGUCGAGAAAGGUUGUGAAUGUUCUGCAUCGUUGGGCUGGUCAAGUUGGCGCCUUGGAUGUUGGAUAUCAGGCAGGCACAGCAGCAAUUCGCAAGAAACCAAUUAAGUUCCUGUAUUUGUUGGGAGCCGAUGAGGGCAAGGUCACUCGGCAGAAUCUCGAUCCUUCCGCUUUCGUCGUGUACCAAGGUCAUCAUGGAGACGCCGGAGCUGAGAUGGCCGAUGUCAUUCUACCAGGAGCUGCUUACACAGAAAAGGAAGGAAUAUUUGUUAACACAGAAGGGCGGGCUCAAAGAACAUUACCGGCUGUCACUCCACCAGGAGAAGCUCGCGUCGAUUGGAAAAUUAUCAGAGCCAUCUCGGAAGUUGCUGGAAAAACGUUGCCCUAUGAUGACCUUAAGCAGUUACGCCACAGAAUAUCUGAGAUAGCGCCUCAUCUUCUACGACUAGGCGAUAUCGAGCAGUCUGGUUAUCUCAAACAAGGUCUUCAAUUAGCCAAUACAACGACGGGCCCCGUUGAUGUGGAUGUGACACCAAAGCAGAAAGUACUGGCAGAUUUUUACAUUACUAAUGUGAUUUCUCGCAAUUCAACAUCGAUGGCACAAGCUAAAAAGGCUGCCCUCAAGGAUCAGGAAAACCCGUACGUAGAAACUCAACGGCUCCAUUUGCAUGCGUAG